AUAUGUGAUUUUGCCUUCUCAUUCUGGUCAUAUAUAGAAAUAUCUUCGCCGCGGCGCAUUCUUUGUUGAAAGGAAGGAAAGGCCCCAUUUCAUGCAAGAUCUGGCUUUAUUCUUUUCUAGGAGUGUUGUUUGGUGGAUAAAUCACAAAUACAUUAAAAAAAUACAAGUAAAAAAUAAUAAUAAAAAAACUCCACUAAGAGUGGAAGCAAAAGAGUACAACAUAAGGAGACACUAGAAGGAGGAGAGAGACACUCCUAGACACAGCCGCACAUCAGGGGAGCAACUAGCCAGAAAAAUCCUUGUGCCUAUUGGGAUCCAUCUCCUCGUGUAGAGGGCCCAAAAACUGGAUACAACGUCGAACCGCAUCAAUAGACUCAUCCAGCCUGUGCAUCUCCCUAACUGGGACCACUUCUGACACCAAAAUGAAGGGCGAGGGGGAGAUGAAGGCCGGGAAAUCCAUUGAUGAUUGGUUGCCGAUCACGUCGUCGAGGAAAGCCAAAUGGUGGUACUCAGCGUUCCACAAUGUCACUGCCAUCGUCGGCGCCGGCGUGCUUAGCUUGCCGUACGCAAUGGCGGAGCUGGGAUGGGGUCCAGGUGUUACAGUGCUAAUUUUAUCAUGGAUCAUCACAUUUUAUACACUCUGGCAAAUGGUUGAGAUGCAUGAGAUGGUGCCCGGUAAGCGGUUUGAUCGAUAUCAUGAACUAGGACAGCAUGCUUUUGGAGAAAAGCUCGGCCUUUGGAUCGUUGUGCCUCAGCAGCUCUUGGUUCAAGUAGGUACUAACAUUGUCUACAUGGUCACUGGUGGAAAAUCUCUGAAGAAAUUCCAUGAUGUUGUUUGCCCAAGUUGCAAGUCUAUCAAGCUCACCUAUUUCAUCAUGAUCUUUGGCUCUGUUCACUUUGUUCUCUCCCAACUUCCUAACUUCAACUCAAUUUCCGGAGUCUCCUUGGCAGCUGCUGUCAUGUCUCUAAGUUAUUCCACCAUUGCAUGGGGAGCUUCAGUUCAUAAGGGAAGGCCAGAAACGGUGGAUUAUAGCUACAAGUCAUCAACGAAAAUUGGAGCUUUCUUCAGCUUCUUAAGUGCACUAGGAGAUGUUGCUUUUGCCUAUGCAGGACACAAUGUGGUUUUGGAGAUACAAGCAACAAUUCCUUCAACUCCUGAAAAACCAUCCAAGAAGCCUAUGAUGAAGGGUGUCAUUGUUGCUUACAUUGUGGUGGCCAUGUGCUACUUCCCUGCUUCUCUGAUCAGCUACUGGGCCUUCGGAAACUCUGUUGAUGAUAACAUUCUCAUCACGCUGGAGAAACCACGGUGGUUGAUUGCAAUGGCUAACAUGAUGGUUACAAUUCAUGUCAUCGGCGGCUACCAGAUCUUUGCCAUGCCAGUUUUUGACAUGAUAGAGACAGUGCUGGUGAAGAAAAUGAAUUUCAAGCCUAGCUUUCCUCUCCGAUUCAUAUCCCGCAGUAUAUAUGUUGCACUCACAAUGUUCGUAGGUAUAAGCUUGCCAUUCUUUGGUUCACUUAUGGGAUUCUUUGGUGGGUUUGCCUUUGCACCAACCACAUACUUUCUUCCUUGCAUCAUGUGGCUUGUAUUGUACAAACCUAAAAUGUUUGGCUUAUCUUGGACAGCUAAUUGGAUUUGCAUUAUACUUGGUGUUCUACUGAUGGUUUUGGCAUCAAUUGGUGCACUUAGGCAAAUUAUCUUGCAAGCAAAGAGUUACACUUUCUAUUCAUGAAUUGAUGAAUAUGAAAGUUUACUCUUUAUGUUCGUAAAUGAAGUCUAUUUAUUUAGCAUGUAUUGGUACAGCAUGAAAUGUUUCUAUGAACCACUGUUUCCUUUUCCAACAACAGAUUUGUUAAUUAUCUGGGGUUCACUGAAGUAUAAUAUGUGAUUAUGAGUUAAUAAGUUCCAUGAUUUAGGAUUUAAGCA